GGCACUUAUCCCAUCGAAAAACCCCGUUGAUCACAUCUCAUUACUACAUUGCUCAUUGCCACGAAAAUGUCUCAAUUGACGCUGUUUACAGAUAGCCGGUUCCCUUGUCCCCAGAGACUACAACUGGUGAUUUUUGAGUUGGGUCUCAAAAUCACCAACAUUCAUCAGUUGGACAUCAUCAAGCGUGAGCAGCAGAAGCCAGAAUUUCUUGAAAUCAAUCCCUUUGGAGCCGUUCCAUGUCUCCAGGACCACUCGCAUGAUCCAGUUCUUGUUCUGACUGAGUCACGGGCUAUUGCGCGAUAUCUCGCAGAUCGAUAUGGCGGACCGGACAAUAAACUCAUCCCUGAAGGUGGAGUUGCAAAGGCGAAGUUCGAAGAAGCUGCAUCCAUCGAAUUGACCUCUUUCGAUGCUGUUGCUAAUCCACUGGCCUUCGAAGCCUACUUUAAACCGCAAUUCAUGAAACAAGAGCCGAAGGAUCAAGUCGUCAAGGAUCUCAAAGUGAAACUUGAACGAGUUCUGAGACUCCUUGACCAAAAGCUCAGCACACAGCCUUUCAUGGCUGGCGAGAUGAAAGGUCGAGAGUCCUACCAACAGGUAUACGCGGAUGGAAACAAGGGGAUCCAUGAUGCUUAA